AUGGAUACACGGACUCACACACAAGCCAAGACGGUCCCACCACGCAGCGAGCAUCCACCGCUGAAAUCGUGCCGAUCAGUGAACAACUACGAGCGGCUAAACCACAUUGAAGAAGGCACAUAUGGAAUCGUAUUCAGAGCGCGAUGUAAGAAUACCGGUGAGGUUGUGGCGCUAAAGAGGCUGAAAUUGGAGGAGGAAAAGUACGGAUUUCCUAUAACAUCAUUACGUGAGAUACACUCUUUGUUAAUCUGUCAGCACCCGCAUAUCGUAAAUGUGCGGGAAAUAGUCGUAGGCGACACACUCAAUCAGAUAUACAUAGUAAUGGACUUUGUAGAGCACGAUCUAAAGACUCUAAUGCAGACGAUGCCCGAGCCUUUCUUGAUUUCCGAGGUCAAGACACUGCUGAGGCAGCUGCUCGAGGCGACAGCGCACGCGCACUCCAAUUGGAUACUCCACCGCGAUCUCAAGGCGAGUAAUCUGUUGAUAAACAACCGAGGCCAGAUCAAGGUGGCUGAUUUUGGUAUGGCUAGACGCUACGCUGAGCCAGUCGAUGAAAUGACGCAGCUGGUUGUGACGCUGUGGUAUAGAGCACCGGAGAUUCUCCUCGGGGAGAAAAGAUACACAACGGCCGUGGAUGUGUGGAGCAUUGGCUGUAUUUUCGGGGAACUCAUCACAAGCGAGCCAUUGUUCGGUGGUCGCAGUGAACUCGAGCAGAUCAAAUUGAUAUUCUCACUGCUAGGACAGCCCAGUGAGGAUAUUUGGAGGGGAUUCAAUAAGCUGCCCCACGCCAAGUCGAUAAACACGUCGCAAUUCCCACUAUACAGCUCAUUGAGACAGCAUUACAAGAUACUGUCAGAUAAGGGAUUAGAUUUGAUGUCAAGAUUGCUCGCAUACGACCCCAAGAAACGGAUAUCGUGUGCCGACGCACUCGAGCAUCCUUAUUUCAGCGAAUCGCCCCUGCCUAAACACCCAGAUCUCUUCUCGUCGUUCCCGUCCGUCGCAGCGGGUGAACAGCGCGUCGACUACAGCAGGAGCAGGAGUCCCGGGCGUGAAAGAGGCUAUGGCUUUGGGAGGGUUGCUGGGUACGAAUUUGUUUAG